AGGCAAGGCCUGUCACAGGCAUAGGGCUAUUUUAGUGAGCCAUUCACGUGACAGGCACAGUAAGGACCGAAACAAUAAAUGCGAGUGACCCAACCCCUUCCUCCAACCUGACUGCAACUGGCACCUUUCCUCAAACGGGCUCCAAACACAACGAAACAAUGUCUGAAGGCGGAGAGAAAAAACCUAAAAUCAACGCGUCUCGCAGGCUGCUGUUGAAGACCCUCAUGCUGGCGAAGGCAGCCAUCAUGCUGGAGAAUGAGAUGAAAGAGAACAAAGAGGAGAAGAUGAAGAUCAUGGCAGAGCGGGUCCCUCCUCUGGAUUGUGGGAGGAUGUCUCUACAGGAACUGCAGGAGCUGUGCAAGCAGAUGCACCAUAAAAUCGAUGUGGUUGAUGAGGAGCGCUACGACUUUGAGGUUAAAGUCAUCAAAAACAACAAGGAGAUUGAGGGUUUGGCUCAGAAGAUCUUUGACCUGAAAGGGAAGUUCAAGAGGCCCAACCUGAAGCGAGUGCGCAUCUCAGCCGAUGCCAUGCUGGGGGCCCUGCUGGGGUCCACACACAAGGCCUCUCUCGAUCUCAGGGCCAACCUCAAGUCUGUGAAGAAGGAAGAAGAAAAGGAGAAGGAGGUGACUGACUGGCGUAAGAAUGUGGAGGCCAUGUCCGGGAUGGAGGGCAGGAAGAAGAAGUUUGAUGCUGGAGCACCAGCACAAUAAGGUGUGGCAGUACAGUUUGAAGAUUCUGAAAUUAAUUUCCUGCAAAGAGAAACUUCUCUACCGUCCUUCUCAGGGUCAGCGGAUUGAAAAGCUGACAGCAUGUAAAGAGAUGGGCAACUCUUCACAAUGACUAGUCUAGCUUUGUUGCAUACUAUGUACAUUUUCAACAACCAUAUUGUUUCUUGUUUUUUUUUAAUUUAUUUCCUCUCGUAAGCAUUUGGGAUUAUGCCAGCUGAUUGCAUUGGAAGUGUUUCCUAUCUGAUACAAUGAUAAUUAAAUGCUCAAUUGUGAUAUUAUACAGCACUGUUAUACCAUCACAAUCCAGCAUGGAAAUACAAUUCUUAUUACAUAUAGGUUUUACCCAUUCCAGGUUUUAAAAUGAGCCUUAUUAACCCUGGUGUUUAAGUAACAACCUCAGACGUGUCUUAAACUCCUAGUAAAACCAGGAACGGAUCAAAAUACUGUGCAACGGGAGUCUAUGCAAACUACCUGCAAUGUGGCACCAUUCUUUUUACGGGGAUGCUUUUUCAGUUAGUACAAUUUAAUUACAUCAAUGAAUUUACAUUUCAAAAAUAUAACAUGAAAUACUUUAUUACUUUUCUGGCUUUUGCGAUAUGAUUUGGUAGUUUCUUUUAUUAUUAUUAUUAUUAUUAUUAUUAUUAUUAUUAUUAAUAUUACUAGGGGAAUUCUAGAGCUGCAAGUGCUUCUGUUUAUGUGCAGCAGUGUGUUCUAGAAUAAAGGCACUAGAAGAGUGAGUGUGAAUGAUUUCAUAUUGAUCAGGGUGUUAUUUCAUUUUGUCAGAUGACCUGGGGUGGUAUAAUGUAAGACGCUUUAAUUCCUUGUUCUCUACAAGCAUAAUUAUUUGGAAAUCGUGCUGUUAUCCUGUUUAUUAGACUGGCUCCUUUAAUAAAGAUUUGGGUGCAACUGAACUGUUUGCUCUCCAAACAAAUGAACUCCA